AUGGCUGAACAAAUCACACAACAGGCGAAUGCAGUGACGCGCAGCCACCAGCCAGCUGCCCUCCAACGCGCAGAUGCCUCAGACAAGACAAACAGCGGCUCUACAGCCUACGCUAUAUCCGCUAAGACUCGGGGCUCAGCAGCAGCAGCAGCAGCAGCAAGAGCAGCAGGACCAGCAACGGGAACUGGUGUUGCAGUGUCUCCAGCACCGAAGCAGCAGCAGCUGCUGCAGCACCAGUUGGUGCAGCAGCAGCUGCUGCUGCAGCACCAGCAGGUGCAGGUGCAGCAGCAGCUGCAGCAACAGCAAAUGCAGCAGCAGCGGUUGCUCCCAGCCUCCCUCCCUCAUACAGGGAAGUCUGCAGCUGUGCAGCUAACAAUGCCGCCCUCUAUCUUCUCUCAUGCGCCUCAACAGGGUGUACCGGCGCAUGUGCUACUGCCAACUGCUGCGCAAAUGCAGCAGCAGCAGCAGCGGCAGCAGGGCAGGCCGCCACCUGUCGGUCCUCCUCUUGUUGCAUCCAGUAGUGCUGCUGCUGCACAAGCGCUGAUGUCUAAAACGAAUCUCGGCAUCUCGAUGGCUUACAACAGCCGCACGGCUGCAGGCGGGGCUCAGAGAUGGCAGCAGCAACAACGAGGGACCCCCCUGCAAGCCUAUCUGGGCUUACAGCAAGCUAUUCCUAGCGCUCUCCUUGCAGCUGCUGCGGCACCUGCUGCACCACCAGCAGGACCAGUAGCAGCGCCAGCAGCAGCGACGGCGCCAGCAGCAGCAGCAGCAGCAGCAACGGCGCCAGCAGCAACAGCAGCAGCAGCACCAAGGCCUGCAAAGUUGAUUUCUCCCUCCAGACCCCUCGCCUUUCCUCUGCGGCAGCCAACCGCCCCGUCCCUGCUGAGUUCUUCAUCAGGGCCUCCAGCAGCAGCACCAGCUGCUGCUGCUGCAGGUGCAAGAAUCCAGAUGGAGCAGCAGCAACGCUAUCAGCAGCAGCAGCAGCACCGUCACCAACAGCACCAGCAGCAGCUCCAACAGAAGCAGCGCCAGCAGCAGCCCCCGCUGCAGCAGCAGCCCCCGCUGCAGCAACAACAGCAGCAGCCCAGACUGCAGCAGCAACACCAGCAACAGCAGCAGCAGCAGCGCCUGCCACAGCAGCCGCAGCAUCCUUUGUUUCACAGAGGGCAGCAGGCGGAACCACGCCCGUUAGUAUGCCAGAGGAGCGACAGCAGCUUGGCUUCCCUCAGCAGCUGCAGAGACACUCAAUUCGUGGCCCCUCCCCUGUUUGCUGCUGCUGCUGCUCAUGGAAGAGCAGCAGCAGCAGCAAUUAGCAGCCAAGAGUUGCUGCCUUCGGAAGCAGAAAUAGAGACAGCCCCUGCCUCUUGCUGCGGCAUGACUCUGCAGCCUAUGAGCAUUUCACAGCUUUUCUAUGCGCCUCCGUCUCCGUCUUCUACGUCUCUGGCUUCGGGUUGUGCGAGUAAUGCAAUAUCUCUCUUGCAUGAAGCAGAGACACAAGCAGCAGCGCUUGUGCUUGCAGCAAGAGAAGCAGCAGUGGGGCUUCGCCAGAGAGCAGCAGCAGAAGCUGCAGAAGAAGGCAAACAACUGCAGCAGGAGAUGAAGAAUAAACUUGAAGCAAUCGAACAGCAGAACAAAAAAGAAAAAGAAAAUACCAAAAAGAUACACGCGCAAGUAGAAGCACAGACAACGGCAAUCAUCGCGAAAGACAAAGCAAACAACCUCCUUAACACCGUCAACAUGGUCGUAGAUCUGGUGCUGGCGGUUGACGUGGAGUGCCCUGUAGAGGCAAUAAAAUUGUUUUGUAGUCCUCGUUUGCUGCUUCAUUUCUCCGAUAAGGCAUUAGUGCAGCAGGAGCACCACCACCCUAAAGGAGAGUUGCUGCUGCAACCGAAGAAAUUCUCAACCUUUGAUAAUGGUAAAACGCAUGCAGAGGAGUCUUUGGGGCUUGAAGACCUCCCUUCUCGUCGUAUAUCUUGUUAUGAUUCUUUCUGGCGUAAACAUCAAAGUAAAGUAUAUAGUGCUGAGAGGCCAGCGCUGCUGGUGCCUCUACCCUCAUUAAAAAAUAAUAUUCUCGAUCAAGAUAUCAAUUUACGUCUGCCUAGUAGAUGGGAAACACAAAAAGAAGACAGUUUUGAAGGCUUCAAACUACCAGCCUUCGCCGCCUCUUCCCCCAGCAGCAUCACAUCUAACGAAGAUAUUGAACCCACACCAACUCCUCCCCAUGACCCACAAACGCAGCAACAGCAACAGCAACAACAGACGCAGCAGCAGCAACAGCAGCAGCAGCAGCUGGAACAGCAACAGCAGCAGCACUAA